CAGCCGCCGCCGCUUUAGGAAAUUCCGCGUUGGCUGUGCGAGUGCACCGUUAGGGGUGUGGAAAGCGGGCGGUGGCUUCUGCGUCGGGGGCUGCAGGCGUGUCCGAGCCGCUCGGCGCCGGCCCCCCCCCCCCCCCGACGACCGGUCUCGCCCGCUGCUCUGGCGCGGACCUUCCCUGCUCGCUGCACCGUCUCCCUCCCGCCCUCUCUCCGAGCCCCUAGCGGACUUAGCCUCGAACCUUCUUCCAGAUGCCCCGUUGCACGCUCCUGCGCGUCCCCUGUCCCUGCCAUUUUAAGGCCCCGAUUUAACUAGAUGACUAACCAUGUUUCCCCCCCUUUUGUUGCUUAGUUUUAACCCACGAGCAUCUCCUGAGGCUUAGAGUGGCGUGGUUAAGAGCACGGACUCAGGAAUUUCGUUGCUGGACUUGGAAUUUUGGCACACAUGUGGGUGCCCGCGCUGCCCUGUCUCACUGGAGGGAAUCCUUGCCCGUGGUGAGCCCUCAAGAGCAUUCGCUGCUGUUUUUACCAGUAAUCAGUCUUUGAGAAACGGAAGAGAGGAACACAGAAGGAGACAAAUAGAAAAACCACAGCUUUAGAAGAAAAAAGGAAGUUUGGGGCUGCGUCUUUCUGAAGUGUCACAUGUGAUGUGCUUUUUGAAAUUCUGAACCAUGAGUUUAGCACUUAAUGAUCUGCUUAUUUGCUGCCGUCAACUAGAACAUGAUAGAGCUACAGAACGAAGGAAAGAAGUUGAGAAAUUUAAGCGCCUGAUUCGGGAUCCUGAAACUGUUCAACAUUUAGAUCGACAUUCAGAUUCCAAACAAAGCAAAUACUUGAAUUGGGAUGCUGUUUUUAGAUUUUUGCAGAAAUAUGUUCAGAAAGAAACAGAAUGUCUGCGAACAGCGAAACCAAGUGUAUCAGCCUCAACACAAGCCACUAGGCAGAAAAAGAUGCAAGAAAUCAGUAGUUUGGUCAAGUACUUCAUCAAAUGUGCAAAUAAAAGAGCACCCAGACUAAAAUGUCAAGAACUCUUGAAUUAUAUCAUGGAUACAGUGAAAGAUUCAUUUAAUGGUGCUGUUUAUGGAGCGGAUUGUAGCAACAUUCUGCUCAAGGACGUUCUCUCAGUGAGGAAAUACUGGUGUGAAAUAUCUCAGCAACAGUGGCUAGAAUUGUUCUCUGUGUACUUCAGUCUGUACCUUAAACCUGCACAAGACAUUAAUAGAGUUUUAGUGGCUAGAAUAAUUCAUGCUGUGACUAAAGGAUGCUGUUCGCAAACUGAUGGAUUAAAUUCCAAAUUUUUGGAUUUCUUUUCCAAGGCUAUUCAGCAUGCAAGAAAGGAAAAGAGUUCUGCGGGUCUAAAUCACAUCUUAGCAGCAUUUAUUACCUUCCUCAAGACGUUGGCUGUUAACUUUCGAAUUCGAGUGUGUCAACUAGGAGAUGAAAUUCUUCCUACCUUGCUUUACAUUUGGACUCAACAUAGACUUAACGAUUCCUUAAAAGAAGUAAUUAUUGAAUUAUUUCAAUUGCAAAUUUAUGUGCAUCAUCCAAAGGGAGCCAAAACCCAAGAAAAAGGUGCUUAUGAAUCAAGUAAAUGGAAAAGUAUCUUGUAUAACUUAUAUGAUCUGCUAAUUAACGAGAUAAGUCAUAUAGGAAGCAGAGGGAAAUAUUCUUCAGGAUCUCGUAAUGUUGCUGUCAAGGAAAACUUGAUUGAGUUGAUGGCAGAUAUUUGUCACCAGAUUUUUAAUGAAGAUACUAGAUCUUUGGAGAUUUCUCAGUCUUACCCUACCACUCAAAGAGAAUUUAAUGAUUACAGUGCACCUUGCAAAAAGAAGAAAAUAGAAUUAGGCUGGGAAGUAAUAAAAGAUCAUCUUCAGAAGUCACAGAGUGAUUUUGAUCUUGUACCUUGGUUACAGAUUACAACCCAGUUAAUAUCAAAAUAUCCCUCAAGUUUCCCUAACUGUGAGUUGUCACCAUUACUGAUGAUACUAUACCAGCUCCUGCCUCAACAUCGACACGGGGAGCGCACACCGUAUGUGUUACGGUGCCUUACGGAAGUUGCGUUGUGUCAAGGCCAGAAAUCAAACCUAGAAGGCUCACAGAAGUCAGAUUUAUUGAAAUUCUGGAUUAAAAUUUGGUCUCUUACCUUUCGCGGUAUAAGUUCUGAACAAAUACAAGCUGAAAACUUUGGUUUACUUGGAGCUAUAAUUCAAGGCAGUUUAAUUGAGGUUGAUAGAGAAUUCUGGAAGUUAUUUACUGGGUCAGCCUGCAGACCUUCAUGUCCUGCAGUUUGCUGCUUGACUCUGGCAAUGACCAUCUCUGUGGUUCCCGAGACUGUAAAAACAGGAGUGGAGCAGAGUACAUGUGAAGUAAAUAGAAGUUGUUCUUCAAAGGAGCUGAUGAUGAAAUGGCUCUUACUCUCUCAGUUAGAGGACGACUUUGAGGACCGCACAGAGCUGCCUCCAGUUCUUCACAGUAAUUUUCCUCAUCUUGCAGUGGAGAAAAUUCUUGUGAGUCUCACUGUGAAAAAUUGUAAAGCUGCAAUGAAUUUUCUCCAGACAGUGCCAGGAUGUGAACAACACCAAAAAGAUCAAGGAGAGCCUUCAUUCUCAGAAGUUGAAGAACUGUUUCUUCAGACAACUUUUGACAAGAUGGAUUUUUUAACCAUUGUGAAAGAAUGUGCUGUAGAAAAGCACCAGGCCACUGUAGGCUUUUCUGUCCACCAAAACCUCAAGGAAUCACUGGAUCUCUAUCUCCUGGGAUUAUCAGAACAGCUUUUAAAUAACUACUCAGCUGAGACUACAAAUGCAGAAACGCUUAUCCGGUGUUCCAGUCUUUUGGUGGGUGUUCUCGGCUGCUAUUGUUACGUGGGAGUAAUAGCUGAAGAGGAAGCAUAUAGAUCAGAACUAUUCCAGAAAGCCAAGUCUCUAAUGCAGUGUGCAGGAGAAAGUAUCACUCUGUUCAAAAAUAAGACCUCUGAGGAAUCUAGGAUCGCUUCACUGAGAAAUAUGAUGAAUCUGUGUACCAAUUGUUUGUGUAACUGUACCAAGCCCAGUCCAAAUAAGAUUGCAUCUAGAUUUUUCCUACGAUUGUUGACAUCAAAGCUCAUGAAUGAUAUUGCAGAUAUUUGUAGAAGUUUGGCAUCCUUUAUCAGAAAGCCCUUUGACUUUGGAGAAGUAGAGUCAGGGGAAGACGACCCUGAUGAAAAUCUGAUGGAGGUGGAGGAUCAGUCGUCCAUGAAUCUAUUCAGUGACCCUGGUGCUAGUGAAGCGGGCAUGUCUGGAGAUGGCCAGAGCACUUUCGGUGCCAUGAAUCCUUUAGCUGAAGAACAUCUGUCGAAGCAAGAUCUACUUUUCUUAGACAUGCUCAAGUUCUUGUGUAUGUGUGUAACUACUGCUCAGACUGGUCCUGUGUCAUUCAGAGCGGCUGAUAUUCGGAGGAAAUUGUUAAUGUUAAUUGACACUAGCAUGCUAGACCCCACCAGAUCUCUCCACCUACACAUGUAUCUAGUGCUUUUAAAGGAGCUUCCUGGAGAAGAAUAUCCUUUGCCAAUGGAAGAGGUUGUUGAACUUCUAAAACCACUAUCCAAUGUGUGUUCUUUGUAUCGCCGUGACCAGGAUGUUUGUAAAACAGUCUUAAACCACUUCGUUCCUGUUGUGAGGAACCUAUGUCAAGGCGAUACGGAUGCUGAAAACACAAGGGAUGCUCAAGGGCAGUUUCUGACAGUGAUUGGAGCAUUCUGGCACCUAGCAAAGGAGGGGAAAUGCACAUUCUCUGUAAGAAUGGCACUAGUAAAGUGCCUUAAAACUUUGCUUGAGACCGAUCCUUAUUCAAAAUGGGCUAUUCUUAAUGUAAUGGGAAAAGACUUUCCUGUAAAUGAAGCAUUUCCACAUUUUCUUGCCGAUAAUCAUCAUCAAGUGAGCAUGUUGGCUGCAGAGUCAAUCAACAGGUUAUUCCAGGAUAUGAAACACAGAGGUUCUUCCACAUUAUUGAAAGCACUUCCUUUGAAGCUUCAGCAAACAGCUUUUGAAAAUGCAUACUUGAAAGCUCAGGAAGGAAUGAGAGAAGUGUCCCACAGAGCUGAGAACCCUGAACUUUUGGAUGAGAUUUAUAAUAGAAAAUCUGUUUUACUGAUGACGAUAGCUGUGAUUUUAUGCUGUAGCCCAGUCUGUGAAAAACAGGCUUUGUUUGCGUUGUGCAAGUCUGUGAAAGAGAAUGGAUUAGAACCUCACCUCGUUAAAAAGGUUUUAGAGAAAGUUUCUGAAACUUUUGGAUACAGACGUUUAGAAGACUUCAUGGCUUCUCAUUUGGAUUAUCUGGUUUUGGAAUGGCUUAAUCUUCAAGAUACUGAACAUAGCUUAUAUUCUUUUCCUUUUAUUUUACUAAACUACACAAAUGUUGAGGAUUUCUAUAGAUCAUGUUACAAGGUUUUGAUCCCACAUCUGGUGAUUAGAAGUCGUUUCGAUGAGGUGAAGUCCAUUGCUAAUCAGAUUGAUGAGGAUUGGAAAAGUCUUCUAACACACUGCUUUCCAAAGAUUCUUGUAAAUAUUCUUCCUUACUUUGCCUACGAGGGUACAGGAGACAGUGGGAUGGCACAGCAGAGAGAGACUGCUACCAAAGUCUAUGAUAUGCUGAAAGAUGAAAAUUUACUAGGAAAACAGAUUGAUCAUUUAUUCCUUACUAAUUUACCAGAGAUUGUUGUGGAGUUAUUGAUGACAUUACAUGAACCAGCAACUUCUGGUGCCAGCCAAAGCACGGACCUCUGUGACUUUUCAGGGGAUUUGGAUCCUGCUCCUAAUCCACCUCAUUUUCCAUCACAUGUGAUUAAAGCAACAUUUGCCUAUAUCAGCAACUGCCAUAAAACCAAGCUUAAAAGCAUUUUAGAAAUUCUUUCCAAAAGCCCUGAUUCCUAUCAGAAAAUUCUUCUAGCCAUAUGUGAGCAAGCCGCUGAGACAAAUAAUGUUUAUAAAAAGCACAGAAUUCUUAAAAUAUAUCACCUGUUUGUUACUUUAUUACUGAAAGAUAUUAAAAGUGCCUUAGGAGGAGCUUGGGCCUUUGUCCUUCGAGAUGUUAUCUAUACUUUGAUUCAUUAUAUCAACAAAAGGCCUUCUCGUUUCAUGGAUGUGUCGUUACGGAGCUUCUCCCUGUGUUGUGACCUGUUAAGCCGGGUUUGCCACACGGCGGUCGCUUACUGUAAGGAUGCUCUAGAAAAUCACCUUCACGUGAUUGUUGGAACGCUUAUACCCCUUGUGGAUGAUCAGAUGGAGGUUCAGGAGCAGGUAUUGGACUUGUUGAAAUACUUAGUGAUAGAGAACAAGGAUAAUGAAAACCUCUAUAUGACAAUUAAACUUUUAGAUCCUUUUCCUGACCAUGAUGUCUUUAAGGAUUUGCGUAUUACUCAGCAGAAAAUUAAAUACAGUAAAGGACCCUUCUCACUUUUGGAGGAAAUAAAUCAUUUUCUCUCCGUGAGUGUUUAUGAUGCACUUCCUUUGACAAGACUGGAAGGGUUGAAGGAUCUCUGCAGACAGCUAGCUCAACAUAAGGACCAGAUGGUGGAUCUCGUGAGAGCAUCUCAGGAAAACCCGCAGGACGGCACGAUGGUGAAGCUCAUCGUCAGCCUGUUGCAGUUAUGUGAGACGGCGGUGAGCCACACUGGAGAGAGAGAAGUUCUAGAGGCUGUUGGAAGCUGCUUGGGAGAAGUGGGUCCUGUCGAUUUCUCCACGAUAGCUAUACAGCACGGUAGAGAUACAUCUUCUACCAAGGCCCCUGAGUUAUUUGAAGAUAAAGAACUUCAGUGGACCUUCAUAACGCUGACCUACCUGAACAACACGCUGGUAGAGGAUUGUGUCAAAGUGCGAUCAGCUGCUGUUACCUGUUUGAAAAGCAUUUUAGCCACAAAGACUGGACAUAGUUUCUGGGAGAUUUAUAAGACGACACCUGAUCCCAUGCUGAUCUAUCUACAGCCUUUUAGAACAUCAAAAAAAAAGUUUUUGGAAGUCCCCAGACUGGACAAAGAAAGUCCUUUAGAAGGCCUGGAUGAUAUGAGCCUGUGGAUUCCUCAAAGUGAAAAUCAUGACGUUUGGAUAAAGAGGCUGACUUGUGCUUUUUUGGAUAGCGGAGGCACAAAAAGUGAAAUUCUUCAACUAUUAAAGCCAAUGUGUGAAGUGAAAACUGACUUUUGUCAGACUGUGCUUCCAUACUUGAUUCAUGAUAUUUUACUCCAAGAUACAGAUGAAUCAUGGAGAAAUCUGCUUUCUGCACACAUUCAGGGAUUUUUCACUAACUGUUUCAGACACUCCUUACCAACGAGCCGAUCCACGACCCCUGCAAAUUUGGAUUCAGAGUCAGACCACCUGUUCCGAUGCUGUGUGGAUAAAAAAUCACAGAGAACAAUGCUUGCUGUUGUGGACUACAUGAGGAGACAAAAGAGACCUUCCUUAGGAACAGUUUUCGAUGAUGCUUUCUGGCUGGAGUUGAAUUACCUAGAGGUUGCCAAGGUCGCUCAGUCUUGUGCUGCUCACUUUACGGCAUUGCUCUAUGCAGAGAUCUACGCAGAUAAGAAAAGCAUGGAAGACCAGGACAAAAGAAGUUUUACGUUUGAAGAAUCAAGCCAGAGUACAGCUAUUUCUAGUUUGAGUGAAAAAAGUAAAGAAGAAACUGGAAUAAGUUUACAGGAUCUGCUCUUAGAAAUCUACAGAAGUAUAGGAGAGCCCGAUAGUCUGUAUGGCUGUGGUGGAGGGAAACUGUUACAGCCCCUCACUAGACUACGAACAUACGAACAUGAAGCAAUGUGGGGGAAAGCCCUGGUGACGUACGACCUUGAGACGGCCAUCUCUUCAGCAACCCGCCAGGCGGGGAUAAUUCAGGCCUUGCAGAAUCUGGGACUCUGCCAUAUUCUUUCUGUCUAUUUAAAAGGAUUAGACCAUGAAAAUAAGGAGUGGUGUGCCGAGCUGCAGGAGCUCUGGUACCAAGCAGCGUGGAGGAACAUGCAGUGGGGCCACUGCCCUUCUGUCAACAAAGGAAUAGAAGGAACCAGUUACCAUGAAUCAUUGUACAAUGCUCUGCAGUCUCUGAGAGAUAGAGAAUUCUCCACAUUUUACGAAAGUCUCAGAUAUGCCAGGGUGAAAGAAGUGGAAGAGCUAUGCAAGGGGGGCCUCGAGUCUGUGUACUCUCUCUACCCCACACUCAGCAGGCUGCAGGCCAUCGGCGAGCUUGAGAACAUCGGGGAGCUGUUCUCCAGAUCAGGCACGGACAGGCAUCCCUCUGAAGUUUAUGCUAAGUGGCGGAAACACUCCCAGCUUCUCAAAGACAGUGAUUUCAGUUUUCAGGAGCCCAUCAUGGCUCUCCGCACGGUCAUUUUGGAGAUCCUGUUGGAAAAGGAAAUGGAGAACUCCCAGAGAGAAUGUUUUAGGGACAUUCUCACCAAGCACCUUGUAGAACUCUCCAUACUAGCCCGAACUGUCGAGAACACUCAGCUCCCUGAAAGGGCAAUAUUUCAAAUUAAACAGUAUAAUGCAGCUAGUUGUGGAGUCUCUGAGUGGCAGCUGGAGGAAGCACAAGUAUUCUGGGCAAAGAAGGAGCAGAGUCUUGCCCUGAGCAUCCUCAAGCAAAUGAUCAAGAAGCUGGACGCCAGUUGUGCAGAGAAUGAUCCUGACCUAAGACUUAUCUACGCAGAAUGUCUGAGAGUUUGUGGCACCUGGUUAGCAGAAACUUGCCUAGAAAACCCUGCGGUCAUCAUGCAGACCUAUCUAGAAAAGGCAGUGGAAGUUGCUAGAAAUUACGAUGGAGAAAGCAGUGAUGAGCUUAGAAAUGGAAAAAUGAAAGCAUUUCUCUCAUUAGCACGGUUCUCGGACACUCAGUACCAGAGAAUUGAAAACUACAUGAAAUCAUCAGAGUUUGAAAACAAGCAGGCUCUUCUGAAAAGGGCCAAAGAGGAAGUGGGCCUUCUUAGGGAACAUAAAAUCCAGACCAACAGAUACACAGUAAAGGUCCAACGGGAGCUGGAGCUGGAUGAAUGUGCGCUCCGUGCACUGAAAGAGGACCGGAAACGCUUCUUAUGUAAAGCAGUUGAAAAUUACAUCAGUUGCUUACUGAGUGGAGAAGGACAUGAUAUGUGGAUAUUCCGUCUUUGUUCCCUCUGGCUUGAAAAUUCUGGAGUUUCUGAAGUCAAUGGCAUGAUGAAGACCGAUGGAAUGAAGAUUCCAUCAUACAAAUUUUUGCCUCUUAUGUACCAGUUGGCUGCUAGAAUGGGGACCAAAAUGAUGGGGGGCCUUGGAUUUCAUGAAGUCCUCAAUAAUCUUAUCUCUAGAAUUUCAAUGGAUCACCCCCAUCACACUUUGUUUAUUAUACUGGCCUUAGCAAAUGCAAACAAAGAUGAAUUUUUGACGAAACCAGAGGCAGCAAGAAGGAAUAGAAUAAUUAAAAAUGCACCUAAACAAAGUUCUCCGCUUGAUGAGGAUCGAACCGAGGCUGCAAACAGAAUAAUACAUACUAUCAGAAGUAGGAGACCUCAGAUGGUCAGAAGUGUUGAGGCUCUCUGUGAUGCUUAUAUCAUAUUAGCAAACUUAGAUGCCGCUCAGUGGAAGACUCAGAGAAAAGGCAUAAAUAUCCCAGCAGACCAGCCAAUUACUAAGCUGAAGAAUUUAGAAGAUGUUGUUGUUCCAACUAUGGAAAUUAAGGUGGACCCCACCGGAGAAUACGGAAAUCUGGUGACUAUACAAUCCUUUAAAGCAGAAUUUCGUUUAGCAGGAGGUUUAAAUUUACCUAAAAUAAUAGACUGUUUGGGCUCUGAUGGCAAGGAAAGGAGACAGCUCGUCAAGGGCCGUGAUGACCUGAGACAGGAUGCGGUCAUGCAGCAGGUUUUCCAGAUGUGUAACAAGUUACUGCAGAGGAACACGGAGACCAGGAAGAGGAAACUGACUAUCUGCACAUACAAGGUGGUUCCGCUGUCUCAGCGAAGCGGAGUUCUUGAAUGGUGCACAGGAACUGUCCCCAUCGGUGAGUUCCUCGUGAACAACGAGAACGGUGCUCAUAAGCGAUACAGGCCGAGGGACUUCAGCGCCUUUCACUGCCAGAAGAAAAUGAUGGAUGUACAAAAGAAGUCGUUUGAAGAGAAAUAUAAAACGUUCAUGGAUGUCUGCCAAAAAUUUCAACCGGUUUUCCGUUACUUCUGCAUGGAAAAAUUCUUGGACCCAGCCGUUUGGUUUGAGAAACGACUGGCUUAUACUCGCAGCGUGGCCACUUCCUCUAUCGUUGGUUACAUACUUGGACUUGGUGAUCGACAUGUACAGAAUAUCUUGAUAAAUGAGCAGUCUGCAGAACUUGUACAUAUAGAUUUGGGAGUUGCUUUUGAACAGGGUAAGAUCCUCCCUACUCCUGAAACGGUUCCUUUCAGACUCACCAGAGAUAUUGUGGAUGGGAUGGGCAUUACUGGUGUUGAAGGUGUCUUCAGAAGAUGCUGUGAGAAAACCAUGGAGGUCAUGAGAAGCUCUCAGGAAACCCUGCUAACCAUUGUGGAGGUUCUCCUCUACGACCCCCUGUUUGACUGGACCAUGAAUCCUCUGAAAGCUCUGUAUUUACAGCAGAGGCCGGAGGAUGACGCUGAGCUGCACUCCACUCCUGGUGGAGAGGACCCGGAAUGCAAACGCAAUCUCAGUGACACGGACCAGAGUUUCAACAAAGUAGCGGAACGAGUCUUGAUGAGACUACAAGAGAAGCUGAAAGGAGUGGAGGAAGGAACAGUGCUCAGCGUGGGGGGGCAGGUGAAUCUGCUCAUCCAGCAAGCCAUGGACCCCAAAAAUCUCAGCCGACUUUUCCCAGGAUGGAAAGCUUGGGUGUGAUCCAGCAUAUGAAUUUCCCUUCAGCUCAACCUUUAGAAAUUAUACUGUGGCCUUCAUUUUUAACCCAUCCAACAGACUUUGAAUAGGUAUUAAUAUUUAACUAAGUGAACUAUUUACUGUUUUUAAAAAAGUGUUUAAUACUUGACUCAGUCACCUAAAGAGGCCUUGACAGUCUCAAGGAAAAUCUCCUCUAUCAAAUGUUAGAAGUAAGUGUCAUUCAUGCUGUACUUGUAGGCUAGACAUUUGUUUUUUCUUUUCAAAUACAUGUAUUGUUCUCCGUAAAACCCCUGACAGAUGCUUUAGCUGAAAGUGGAAGCAGCUGGAGGGCAGAGAGCAUCACUGACAGUGUUUGCUUGAGUAUGAAUUAGAAGAAAGAAACUGCUGGAUUGAGGUAGCUUUUAAUUAAAACUUAUUCCCCAGAUAUUAGAUAUGAAUGAUAAGUUAUUUGAUACUAAUUUAUAAAAGGAAGAAAAAAACUUUAAAAUUGUAACCAUCUAUAUAUCGUGGUAAAGCCACAUUAAAAAUAAGCAAUAUUGAAAGCAAGUUAGUACUUAAGAAAUAUGUCUGGGGCGCCUGGGUGGCUCAGUUGGUUGGGCGACUGCCUUCGGCUCAGGUCAUGUUCCCAGGGUCCUGGGAUCGAGUCCCACAUUGGGCUCCUGGCUCAGCGGGAAGCCUGCUUCUCCCUCUCCCACUCCCCCUGCUUGUGUUCCUGCUCUCGCUGUCUCUGUCUCUGUCAAAUAAAUAAAUAAAAUCUUUAAAAAAAAAAAAAAGAAAGAAAGAAAGAUGUCUGGAUUUUCAGUAGGAAGAUCACCCAGUGUUACUGAAUAA